AUGCAAAGCCGUACCCAUGCAUCGUACCUGGGCCUCCUAGAGACGUCAAAGGACUCGACAACAAUUUUCAAACACACGGUAAAUCGUGUGCUAAUGAGUGAUUAUACCCUGCGUGAAACUGUUCAGUGCGCAGAGGGUAUAGAGCACUGUAUCACGGCAUUAGUGGGACUGGUCAACAUGCAGACAAAGAGUGAGAACAAGAUUGAGGCACCAAAACUCUCCCUUCGGCCAACCAUGUGUAAGAUUCAAGGCAAAGAAUAUACACGUGUCAACUGUAUGGUGGUUUAUGAGAUGCUUAAUGUCGACUCAACUGAGACUGAUAACAAUGCCGAACUAUUGAAGGCACGCGAAAAUUUAGAAAGAAUGCGAAAGAGAAUUUCUUUUGCAGAAAACGAUCUUUACUCUUGUGAAUCUAUGAUUCCACCAGUUCUUAAGCAAGUGGGGGCUGCUGUAGUCGGUCUUGCGGAUGUUGUGAUCAAAGGAGUUGGUCGGGGAGGAGAAGGGGUGCGGGCCAUUGCACUUCCGAGUGCUCGUGCUGCUGUGUCUCUCGAGGCUUUGCCUUUUCAGAAAAUGAAAAGAUUCAAAGAAAAAACCAUUGGCUACUCAAUAUCGAUACCAGAGCAUCCUCCCCGUUUCGACUGGAGAUGGCAAGAGUAUUCUUUUGUCCUUUGCGUCAUUCUUGGUCUUUUUGGCAGCGGGUCCGGGGAAAACAUCCCAUCGAGCGCAAAAUGA